AUGGUUUCCGAGGAGCUCCUUGAACAGUGCUUGGAAAUUCUCCAAGAUCAAACGCUGGAUGGAGAAGAGCAGGCAGAGAAAGUGGAAGACUUCUUGCGCGCCAACUCGUCACUUGCAGGCCCAUCCCUGGAGAAUGCGGUUUUGGACAUACUGUGGCGGCAUCGCAAUCGCACCCUUCCGGACUCGUCGCCUCCCCCAGCUCGCCAUACCGUGAUCCGUAGAUCAUCGCCAGCGCCAUGGCAGAUGGCUCGCGCUGCUACCCCGCUAUCACCACAACCAACCUUGGGCACCUUGGGAACCAGUCCCGGGAGCACAUCGUGGGUGCAGAACUCGCGCGGGGCAUUCUCUCGAGCUCCGCUUUCCUCGACUGUCUCUCCGUUCACCUCACCGCGACCCUCACCCCGCCUUGCGCUUGCGCAACCCAUCCCGCAUUCCCCAAACCUCAACGCCUAUGAGUUUUCCGAACAAGGCCACAUCUCAAAUUUCUAUGAUGAUCUGGGCAGUGACAGCAACGUCGAUUGGCUUGUCGGGGACGAUGCCAACAGCACAACCUCAUCCGCGGGAGGCCUCAGCGUUCCCGGAUCUCUGAGCGCGACAGCUGCGGAGUUUGUUCCGGACAUGAGUCCCCAUGACAUCCUGCGCACGGUGCUGGGCGAUAAGAGAACAAAUGAAGAGAUCGAGAGCGCUUUGGAAGCAAACAGCUAUGACUUGGGCGCUACCAUUGCCGCCCUCUCGCAGAACAGCGAGGCCGAGGCCGUCAUGAAGCAAACAGAGGAUGCCCGUGUGUUGGUCGGCAAAUCCAUGGCCAUGGAGCAAGCCCGACCCCUGACGCCAUCCGGUAAUAGCCGUAGCCCUGUGGUGUGCAAAUACUGGCUAUCGACCGGGCAGUGCCUGAGAGCUGAUUGUCGUUUCAGCCAUGAUUUGACUAGCCACGUUUGCAAGUAUUGGGUGAUGGGCAAUUGCCUCGCAGGCGAUGGAUGCCCUUUCUCUCAUGAUCCCUCGGCGCUCAUUUCCAAUCUCAGCGUUUCGAGCAACAGCCGCCCCGUAUCUCCGGCGCCAAGUACUCUUUUCCCAGCAGACGGCUCAGAUGCAUUCCCGCCGCUUUCAGCCGCUGCCAUGGACGAGCAAUGGACCAACCAAUACACUAGCCGUUACCCCGGCCUUGGUUCUCCGGCCAAAACCAUACCUCCCGGUCUUCAUCCAGGUAUGGGGAGACGUAAUGGUAGCCUGACUCAUCUUGGUCGUCCAAAUUCCCGACCGGCCAGUCGUCAUCAGAACCGACCCGAUCUGAACCCAUCCGCUCUGUCAGUGGAUGAUCCAGAUGCUUUCCCAACACUCGCUGCAGUCACCUCCAAGAACGCUGGGAAGAAACAUCAUGGUAAACGGGCCGCCCAUCACGGAGUCAAGGAGAAUCUUCCCUCUUCCCUAGCAGAUGUUGUCCGUAUGUCGCCCUCGCCGGGUCCCAACAAGGGUAAAGCCUCCCCCAAGAGUACCAAAGAGACCAAGGGCCGUGAGAACAGUGCCGCAGCCAUGGCGAUUCCUGCCCCGAAACAUAUUCCUUGGCUCGAGACUGGCGCGAGAGCCAAUCAACAGUACAUCAAGUAUCGAACCGAAGCUAUCCGCCAUGGAACCGUUCGAAAUAAAUUCCUUCAGAGCGCCGCGCAAGCAUGGAAUCGAAACGACGCACGAGCUGCCAAAGCACUUUCCCUCCGAGGCCAGGCUGAGAACGAUGCCAUGCGUCGUUGUCAUCGGGAAGCCGCACGUCAACUUUAUGAAGAACGUAAUCAACACUUGCUCCAGGCUGGCCUGGAUGGAGCGUCAGAAGAGCUCUAUGUUGAUCUGCAUGGUCUCCACCCUGAGGAAGCAAUUGAGUAUCUGGAGAAAAUCCUGCUCAAGCACGCGCGCGAGGGAAUCGCGGUCAUUUAUGCUAUCACGGGUACUGGCCACCAUUCCAAAAAUGGAAAGGAUAAGAUUGGCAAGGCUGUGAAAGCUUGGCUCAAUGAGUGGCGUUAUCUCUUCCGAGAAUUCAGUGUGCCUGGCGAACGCGGGGGCUAUGUCGGCGGUAUUCUGGGCAUCGACCCCUCCAGUUACGACAAAUCUCUCGCUAAAGCCCUGGCAGAGAAUGAGACCGUACACGCAGAGGGAGGCCAGUCACCUCUCACUAUGGGCAAGAUCCAGUUGCUGAGACGCGAGGACCUAGAAACGAAGAACUGA